GGGCCGAAUCCAAUGGGAGCACGCCGGGGGGAGGGGUGGAGCCACUUGCAGCCUAGAUGGGAGCAGAGCGGUGCUGAGGAGGUUUUUGUUCCGGGCCCGGCCGCCGCCAUCUUGUGUCAGUGCGGGUCGGAGGAGGAAGCGGCAGCAACGCAGAGCGGUGACUCGGCAGCAGCAGCGGCCGCGGCGGGGCCUGUCACAGCCUCAUUGAUGUCCAGCUCGCCGUUGUCCAAGAAGCGUCGCUUGUCUGAAUCGGAGACUAAGACGGGUUCAAACUGUUCCUCUGGCAAAUCCGUACAGACUGAUCUGCGCGAAGCGCCUGCCAACGGUAUGGCCAAGAAUGGAAGCGAAACAGACAUUGAUGAGGGUCUCUACUCAAGGCAGCUGUAUGUACUGGGCCAUGAGGCUAUGAAACGAAUGCAGAAUGCCAACAUCCUGGUGUCAGGCCUGCGAGGACUGGGUGUGGAGAUUGCCAAGAACAUCAUCUUGGGUGGAGUUAAAUCGGUCACUAUCCAUGACCAGGGAGUGGCUGAGUGGUCUGAUCUCUCCUCUCAGUUCUACCUGCGUGAAGAGGACCUGGGAAAGAAUCGGGCUGAAAUAUCCCAGCCACGGCUGUCUGAGCUCAAUUCCUAUGUACCUGUUACAUCUUACACUGGGCCUCUCAGUGAAGACUUCCUCGGCAACUUCCAGGUGGUUGUGCUCACAAACUGUCCUUUGGAGGAGCAACUACGCAUUGGUGACUUCUGUCAUAGCCAGAACAUUAAGCUAGUAGUGGCAGAUACCAAGGGGCUCUUCGGCCAGUUGUUCUGUGACUUUGGAUGUGAGAUGGUGGUUACAGACACCAAUGGGGAGCAGCCACUCAGUGCCAUGGUCUCCAUGAUUACCAAGGGAUGCCCUGGAGAGGUAACAUGUCUGGAUGAGGCUCGGCAUGGCUUUGAGAGUGGGGAUUUUGUUUCCUUCACUGAAGUUGAGGGUAUGAAGGAGCUAAAUGGCUGUGAACCCAUGGAAAUCAAAGUGCUUGGCCCCUACACCUUCAGCAUUGGUGAUACUGCCAGCUUUUCAGACUAUGUACGUGGUGGCAUUGUCACCCAGGUCAAGAUGCCAAAGAAGAUUAGCUUUAAAUCUCUGCGCUCCUCCCUCCCAGAGCCAGAAUUCAUACUCACUGACUUUGGCAAGUUCGACCGACCAGCCCAACUGCACUUGGGUUUUCAGGCUUUGCAUGAGUUCCGCAAGAAACGGGGCCAUUUCCCCAAGCCCCGCAACCAGGCAGAUGCUAGUGAGGUGCUAGCUUUGGUCAAAGAGCUGAAUGAGCAAGCAACACCCCCACUCAAACAAGAGCAGCUGAAUGAGGGUGUCCUCAAAGAACUGGCCUUCCAAGCCACUGGAGAUCUGGCACCUGUCAAUGCCUUCGUUGGGGGACUAGCAGCUCAGGAAGUCAUGAAGGCUUGUUCAGGCAAAUUCAUGCCUGUCACUCAGUGGCUGUACUUUGAUGCACUGGAGUGCCUGCCUGAGGAAAACAAGGAUGCUCUCCUAACUGAAGAGAACUGCAGCCCUAAACACUGUAGGUAUGAUGGACAGAUUGCUGUUUUUGGCAGUGACCUGCAGGCGAAGCUGGGUCAGCAGAAGUACUUUCUGGUUGGUGCUGGUGCCAUUGGCUGUGAGCUGCUAAAGAACUUUGCCAUGAUCGGUCUAGGAUGCGGGCAAGGUGGAGAGGUGGUUGUGACAGACAUGGACACGAUUGAGAAAUCCAACCUCAAUCGACAGUUCCUCUUCCGGCCUUGGGAUGUUACAAAAAUGAAAUCUGACACGGCUGCAGCAGCUGUGAAAGAAAUGAACCCAAGCCUCCACAUCACGAGCCAUCAGGACCGUGUGGGCCCAGACACUGAACGCGUUUACGAUGAUGACUUCUUUGAGAGCCUUGAUGGAGUGGCAAAUGCACUGGACAAUGUAGAUGCUAGGAUGUACAUGGACCGUCGUUGUGUCUACUAUCGCAAGCCUCUGCUGGAAUCUGGAACACUGGGGACCAAAGGGAACAUCCAGGUGGUGAUCCCCUUCCUUACAGAGUCCUACAGUUCAAGCCAGGACCCACCAGAAAAAUCAAUCCCCAUCUGCACCCUCAAGAACUUUCCCAAUGCUAUUGAGCACACCCUGCAGUGGGCCCGUGAUGAAUUUGAAGGGCUUUUCAAGCAACCUGCAGAGAAUGUCAACCAGUACAUCACAGACACCAAGUUCAUGGAGCGAACUCAGAAGCUGCCAGGCACUCAGCCUUUGGAGGUGUUGGAAGCUGUCUUCAAGAGCUUGGUGACUGACCGGCCCAAAUCAUGGGUUGACUGCAUAGCCUGGGCAUGCAAUCAUUGGCACACCCAGUAUAGCAACAACAUUCGUCAGCUGCUGCACAACUUUCCCCCAAACCAGAAAACCAACUCUGGAACCCUCUUCUGGUCCGGUCCAAAACGAUGCCCUCACCCGCUCACCUUUGAUAUUAACAAUCCCUUGCAUAUGGAUUAUGUGGUGGCAGCUGCGAACUUGUUUGCACAAGCUUACGGCAUCACUGGCACCAGGGACAGGGCAGCCAUAGUGGAGCUGCUGCGCCAGGUGCAGGUUCCAGAAUUCACUCCCAAAUCUGGUGUUCGCAUCCAUAUCUCCGACCAGGAACUGCAGAAUGCCAAUGCCUCUGUUGACGACAGCCGAUUGGAGGAGCUUAAAUCCUCUCUCCCAAGUCCCCAGCAACUGCAAGACUUUAGGAUGUUUCCUGUUGACUUUGAAAAAGACGAUGACACAAAUUUCCACAUGGAUUUCAUUGUGGCUGCAUCCAACUUGCGAGCAGAGAACUACGAUAUUCCUCCAGCUGACAGGCAUAAGAGCAAAUUGAUUGCAGGGAAAAUCAUACCAGCCAUUGCCACGACGACAGCAGCUGUAGUAGGAUUGGUGUGCCUGGAGCUAUACAAAGUGAUUCAAGGGCACAAGCAGCUAGAGUCCUACAAGAAUGGCUUCCUGAACCUGGCGUUGCCUUUCUUUGGUUUCUCUGAGCCCAUUGCUUGUCCCAAGAACAAGUAUUAUAACACUGAGUGGACUCUGUGGGACCGCUUUGAGGUACAGGGUAUCCAGGCUGAUGGGCAGGAGAUGACCCUGCGGGAAUUCCUGGCCUACUUCAAGAAAGAGCACAAGCUAGAGAUAACGAUGCUGUCACAGGGAGUCUCCAUGCUCUACUCAUUCUUCAUGCAGCCGGCCAAGCUGAAAGAACGCCACGAUCAGCCAAUGACUGAGAUUGUCACCAGAGUCUCCAAGAAGAAGAUUGGUCGCCAUGUGAAGGCCCUUGUCUUUGAGUUGUGCUGCAAUGACGACAGUGGGGAUGACACAGAGGUUCCCUACGUGCGUUAUACCAUCCGCUAGCACUCCCUUUGCUAGCACCGCCCACCUGCCUGCCACGGACUGUUAGUGCGGGGGAGGGUCCGCCUCCCUCCCCCACCCUUCACGGUUAAAGUGACUCAAAACAUGAAAUAACUUUUGUACCCUUCUAGGAUUUGUUUGUUUUGGUUUUUUUGGUCUCAUCAGGGCCUGGGAAAUCCUCUGAUCCUGUGGCCUCUCCUCCCACCCGUAGCCCUUGCAGUUAUGUCAUGUUCUUGAGGCGCCUUAACCCCCACCUCCCCCCCUGUCCUUUCCUGUUAAUGUUAGUCGUGUUGUGUUUUGGCUCCUGUACUGCCUCCUCCCCCUCCCUCCCUCACGGAUGCAGGGGCUGCUUGCUCUCUCUCAUAAUGGGACAUGCCCCCUUGUCUUCUGAGCACCUGGAGGCCUUGCCUUGGCUGGCUUUUUUUAAAGGGGAGGGAGGGGGAAUGAUGCAAGUGGGUGGAGAGCGUAGGUCAGAACUGGUAAGAGAAGUAAAUGAGUCAAUAAACGUUUGCAAAAGCCA